UACGCGAUCCGUCAUGCGCGACAAAUUUUAUGAAUGAAACGCGACCGGCACUCUUAAACGAAUAUUUAUAGCUGGAAUAAUAUUUUACUAGCUACGAGAAAUAUAUUUUGGCGUUUUUCAACACUGGCUGUAUUAGGGACAAAAUUCAAAUUUGGCAACACAUUCCAGUACUAAUUAAAUCACUUUUCGAGCAGUCAUGAAGAUUUCCAUUCGCACGCUGGACCAGCGCACCAUCAAACUCGAGAUGAGUGACUCGCAGGAUGUGCGGGCCCUGAAGCAGCGCCUGGGCAGCAUGCCGGAGGUGGCCAUUCCCGUGGACAGCCAGCAGCUGAUCUACGGCGGCCGAAUAAUGGAGGACGCACUGCCACUUAGCGACUACAAAAUAGCCGAGGACAAGUUCAUUGUGCUGAUGGGGAAGAAGAUGCCUCCGGCGAAGCCUCAAGGCACGUCGGCUGAGGAGCAAGUACCUCCAACGCCGCCAUUAACCGCAGGUCCCAGUGAAACCCAAACCCACGAGGUGCCUCCGCUCUCGCCGGCACCUGCCUUGGCACUAAUGACACCGGCAUCGGCACUGGAACCGUCGCCGCCAUCGAUAGCGCCCAACGAGCAGCGGGUGAGGGAUCUCAUGGCCAUGGGCUAUGGUGAGCAGGAGGUGCGAGCCGCUCUCCGGGCGAGCUUCAAUCACCCGGAGCGUGCCAUAGAGUAUCUGAUCAACGGGAUUCCCCAAAACGCUCCGCAACCGGCCAAUACAGGGACCAGCGGGCCGCCCCAGACUCUUCAGCCAUUGAUCUCUGAUCCCCGUUUUGCUCGGGUGCGUGAGAUGAUACGCCGAAACCCAGAGCUGCUCGAGGUAGUGCUGUCGCGUCUGGCUGAGGACGAUCCUUCAGCCUUCGAGGCGAUUCGAAACCAUCAGGAGGAGUUCUUGAACAUGAUCAAUGGGAGCGGCUCGGGCGUCGUUGGCGAAGGUAGCGAGCUCAGCGAGGAGUCCGAGGGGGACCUCAGCCAUGUCCACACUAUUACACUGACCAGCGAGGAGGCUGCCGCCGUGGAGCGCCUCGUUUCGCUGGGCUUCCACCGCGACCUGGCCGUGCAGGCGUAUUUGGCGUGCGACAAGAACGAGGAGCUGGCUGCCGAUAUCCUUUUCCGCCAGUCCGAGGAAGAUCAAUAAGAACGGGACUGAAUAAAAUAAGCAAGCGCACGUAAAUGGUGCCAGAACAUAA